UAACGCUUGCUUCUUUUCUUGUGCCAGAUCUACACGCCUGAGGUGACUGUCGUGGAGAAGUUGGAGGAGAGUGUUCGUGGAGCUGGUGGUUUCGGUAGUACCGGUACCAACUAAAAAGAAUUAUUCAUAUGAAUCGAUGUGAUGAUGAUGAUUUUGGGAAGAUCAAAAGAUCGUUCUGUAUAUGCCUGGCAAUAUUUGGCGCAGAAGCAGGAAGGCAAAACGCUUUGGGGGGGGGGUUUGCGUUCAAAGAUUAGACCGUUUCGAUUGCGUAUACCUAAUGAAAUGCAUAUGAACUUGAAACACUGUCAUUAUACACUUCACGUUCUAUACCUCAUACUCUCCUUAUCAUCUAAUCCUUGAAUGAAAGUCUAUUGUCUACAGACCUCAAAACCAAGCCCUGCCCAUGCUAAACA